GGGUUGAUCGGGACCCGCCCCCAUCACAGGAGGAGCCAGGCACAGCGAAGUAGUUUGAAGCCUGCGCCCUAUAGUCAGAGAGUUUUGGGUUCAAGUCCUGACCAUGUGGCAAAGAUCUUCAAGAUCUUUAUGACUCAGUUUACAUCAUCUGCAAAUUGAAGAUUUAAUGAUAGCCACAUUCUAGGGUUGGUAGGCUUACAAGAAGGAAUGUCUAUGGGGGGUGGGUACCUCCGGCGCCCAGGCCUUAGGGAUGUUUAGUUAAUGAUGUUGUUGUUAGUACAGGCUGGGGCGGCCCCUGUGAGCGGCCUCCCCAGCGGCUUCCUGUAGGGGAGCAGGGGCCGCCCCCUCUCCCCUUCCUCCAGGCGCUCUUCCUCCCGCCUCUCCGCCCCGCCCCGUCCCUCCUCUUUCCUCAGAGGAAACUUUCCGCCGGCUGGUCCAUCGGGGUGUCCGGCCGCGCCACGGUGAGAACCGAAUAAGGCGGACGGGGCGGCCCGGCCCGGGUGUAUGCAGUCCCCGGAGAGACGCAACUGCCGGGGGCAGGCAGCGGGACGCUGACGGGCUUAAAGGCGAGCUGCGCCCCAGCAGCAUGGAUGCCCCAAGGAGGGAUAUGGAGCUACUCAGCAACAGCCUGGCGGCCUAUGCACACAUCCGAGCUAACCCCGAGAGCUUCGGUCUCUACUUCGUGCUGGGCGUCUGCUUCGGCCUGCUGCUGACCCUGUGCCUGCUAGUCAUCAGCAUAUCCUGCGCGCCUCGCUCGCGGCCCCGUACCCCUGCUCCGCGCCGGGACCCUCGCAGCAGCACCCUAGAGCCCGAAGAUGAGGACGACGAGGAUGAAGACACCAUGACGAGGCUAGGCCCGGAUGACACACUCCCGGGCCAGGAGCUGUCCACUGAUCCCGACGGGCCCCUUAAUGUCAAUGUCUUCACGUCCGCAGAAGAGCUGGAGCGGGCACAGCGGCUGGAGGAGCGGGAGCGAAUCCUGCGGGAGAUCUGGCGCACUGGGCAGCCAGACCUGCUGGGCACCGGCACACUCGGGCCCGGAGCCACGGCCACAGGCACACUGGGCCGUAUGCACUAUUACUGACACACGACCCACAGCAUGGGUCCCUGAAUACUGGACAUGGGACUGGACCCAGUGCUGCCCCAGGGCUUUCAAACUGCCUCUGCUCCAAUUCUCCUGGUGCUAUUGGGCGUGGAUCGCCGCCUGCUAAGCGCUGUUUACUGGGCAGGUGUGGGUGGGGGAAAAAUGUCAGGUCCCACCUUCUCCUCCUGGUAAUAAUGAAUGACCAAUGAAAGCUA